AUGAAGAGAGGCGCACAUGUAGUGUUGGAGAACCCGCGUGGUUCCCUGGCGUGGGCACUUCCAGAGCUUGUCCAGUUUGUAGAGAAGCCAAAGAAGCCAAACAUCGAAACGGUUGACUUUGACCAGUGUGCUUUCAAUUUGAGGAGCGCCCUCGGGUUUCUUCACAGAAAGUCCACAAGGAUUGCAACAUCCUCUUCCUGCGUGGCAGAUGAGCUUCAAGGCAUGAAAUGCUCCAAAGAUCACCUUCAUCAACCGGUGAUCGGGGGCUCAAAGAUUACAAGCCGUGCAGGGCACUACCGAGUCGCCUUGGCCAAGGCUAUUGUCAAAGGCCUUGAGAAGCAAUUCCAUGAAGAUUUUGGGAAGUGCCGAGAAGUUCUAGCUGUCGAUGGAGCGGAAGAAAUUCAGUCAGAUGAUGAAGGAGCAAAUCAGGUGAUGGACCCAUUCGAAUCAGAGUCCGAGAUUUCAUCAGAUGGUGAUCAGGUGACUCCCGAAGCCCGCAUUCCCUCGUCCAUCAAGUUGGCUGUAAAGAGGCUCCACGAAAACACUGGCCACAGAUCCAAUCGAAGAUUGGCAAGAGCUCUUGUGCUGUCAGGAGCACCCAAAGAAGUAGUUAUGGCUGCAAAGAUGCUUCGAUGCAGCCUAUGUGAUGAGAAGAAGAGGCCAAAGUCUCGCAGACCUUCGUCGUUGCCCACUCCAAAAGAUGUGUCAGACCAGGUGCACAUCGAUAUCUUUGAAUGUUCUGACAUUCUGGAGCAGAGAUUCUAUGUGGUUCAUGCCAUCGACUGGACCAGUCGUUUCCAGAUGGCAGAAGCCUUAGAGACCAAAGAUUCCAACAGCAUCGUUCGCUGGUUUCAGGAGCGCUGGAUGAGCAUCUUUGGACCGCCUCGAGUUCCGGUUGCGGACCAAGGAGACAUCGUUUACUUCUGGAGAGAAUCCAAAUACAAUUCCAAGACAGCUCCCUCGAAGAAGAGAUUGUCCCUGAAGCGAUGGCACGGCCCGGCUCUUUUGGUUGCACUAGAAGGCCACAAUGCUGGAUAUGUGUCUUUCAAAGGGCAAUUGUCGAAAUGCGCUCGUGAGAACCUUCGAAGCGCAUCGUCGAUGGAGCAGAUUUCUGCAGAUGUGUGGCAUGAUGCCAUCAGAGAUUGUGUUGAUGCCGCGCUGCACGAUGUCCGGCGACAGAGGAGCGAAGAUGAAGGCCCAGUUCAAGCACUUCCAUCGGAGUCAGCUCCACCAAAGACUCCUAGACCAGCGCUACUGGCCGUUCCAGAGUCAAAGCCCCUCACCGACGAUUUGCCGCCCGUUGAGCCAGGUGAGUUGAUGCAAGCUCUUGACACCGGAUCGCACCAUUAUGGAAGUGAGCUCCCGGCCUCAAGUCUGAGUCGAAGAGCUUCAGCUAUGUCUUCGGCAGCCAGAGCACUGUCAAGACAAGCCAGCAGUGCCGCACCAGGCACACCGGUGCCACCCUUGAUCACUGGAGCAAGCCAGUCUCCAGGAACUCCACCACUCAGCGCCCGCAUGGAAGCCUCCAUUGAAUCAGCCCGAGAGCUGGAAGAAAGUAUGUCCAGAAAGCGUUCAGCUGAAGUUGAAGCAGAGUCACUUCGAGAGGGAGCAGCCUUUGAGGCUCAUGUCACGUCAACGGUGACGCAGAAUGUCCUUCAGGCCAAGAAUGACCUGUUGAGAAAGUAUGUCAAGGCUCACAAGGAUGAUGUUGCGCCGCCAAAUGAGCAGUUGUCCGUCUUUGAGGACACCCUCGAAGCUGAUAUCCACAAGGGUGAGAUGCACCCGUUGAAAGCCAUUCAGCAGCAAGUUGAACGGGACAAACGACAUCCCGAGUUGUUGGAAGUGAAUGAUCAUGGUAGUUGGUCGGGCAAAUGGCCUCUCCCUUCCAGGAGUUCGUGGACAGCACACUAUGGCCAACUGGAGAACAUGAGGCUUGGAUGGGAGCGCCGCAGCAUGGAUGCUGCGCAAUGGUUUCUCAAGGACACCAAUGGCGCCUUGGAGGGCAUUGUAGUGAGCCACGUCGACGAUUUGUUGAUGGCAGGUUCAAAUCGGGCUCACACAACGCUCGAAGCUUUGGGCAAGGAACUUGGAUUCGGCUCGUUGGAAACUGGCCAGUUCACCUAUUGUGGCAAAUUGGUUCAGCAACAUCCAGACAAGAGCAUUGAAGUGAGUAUGCGUGCAUACCAUGAAAACAUGCAGCCGGUUUCAAUCCCUGUCCCACGGAAGAAACAGUUGGAUGCCCAGCUCACUCCCGCAGAGCACCGUCAACUGAGAGCAAUUCUUGGAAGCCUUCAGUGGCUUGUGGCACAAGUGCGUUGGGAUAUGGGGUAUCAACUGAGCGUGCUUCAAGGUGAGCCUCCGCUGGUGAAGACCUUGUUGAAAGCAAAUGCUCUGGUGAAGUUGAUGAAGCAAGACCCAGGGUUCAAACUUCGUUUUGGCCCCAUGAGCUUGGAUGGAGCCGGCAUCUUGGUCGUCACAGAUGCCUCGCUGGGGAACGUGACACGUUCCGGCGGUUCAGAUGGAACCAUCUUCACCAAGGUCUUUAGCCAGUCGGCCUACCUCGUGUUGGUUGGUGACAAAGACCUCAUGGAAGGUCGUGAAGGAAAGUUUGGUGUGCUUGAUGCCCGCAGCCACAGACUUGGUCGAGUUUGUCGGUCAACCUUUGGAGCAGAGCUCCUAGGCUCAGAGGAAGCGUUCGACGCCGGCUUGUUCUGUCGAG